UUCAGAGUCAAAUAAGUUAGUUUAACAUUUAUUUUCUUUCACACUUUCUGGAACGGUUAAAAUGGAUUUUAAUGAAACAUCUAGUGCAGAUUCAGAUACAAAGGAUACCCCUAUUGGUAGCCAUGAAAACAAAUAUCAAGCAGAGAUAUCUAAAUUCUAUGCAACCAUUGCAACGGUUUCGAGAAACAUGCGGAAGGAUAACUGGAUAUAUCUACAGCGGCAUCCGGAGAUACGCGCCAUAAUCCGGGUCAUUACCUCGGAAGUUAUCAAUGCCAAAGCACCGAAUAUCCAUCAAUUUAUAGCGGAUCUAUUUAAAGCCGACAACGAGAAGUACUUGAUUGAAAAGAUAAACCAUCAAAUUAAGGCUGUCAACGAACAGAUGAGAGAAGGAAGUUGGGCUAAUGCCGAUAAUGGUAUGACCUUCCCGCCCUCUCCUGAAAACUCUACAGAAAGUGAUUCAAAUUGUCCAGCAACAAAAUUAAACAUCGACACUCAGAAAGGGCACGAAUUUGUCAGACCAGUGUGUCCAGAAAAUUUUAAGCCCAGGUGUAAAUAGUUCAAGUAUUCCUUAAUCAUUAAACAAAUUAAGUUUGGUUACUUUAAACAA